AUGAACUUAUCACUAACCUAUUUUUUAUUUUCUUUGUUUGUUUUGAAUUUGGUCAAUAAAUUUGAUGUUUUUUCGGCAACUGUUUUUUCGAGUUCUUUGAAAACUUGUCAAUCUCAAUGUGAAGAGCGAAAUUUGGUAACUCAAAAAAAAUCUGUUGAAUUUCAUUGAUAAAUUCUCUUAGGCUUACCCUUUGCCAUCUGGUCAAUUGAAAUGGAUCAAUAUAGAUAAACACAAUUACACAGAAUCAGUUGGAUCUUGUCGACAUGGAUGUGAAGAUGUUGAUGAAAGAGAAUCAAAAUGCGAUGAGAAAUGUUCGGAAGAAAAUGUUGUGUCGGAAAGUUGCCAACAAGGAUGUCGAGCAGUUCUUGUCGCAUUUUUAGCUCAAGCUCAAGGUAAGACUGUUCAUUGCUGAUAAUUCGAAAAGUUUUCUAAAAAAAAGUUUCAACAUAGUUUCAAAAAUAUUUAGAAAUUAAAGUUAUUUUAAAAAAUUCCAGCAAUGCUUAUAAAAACACGCGUAAAUAUGGAAGUUCAUGACACUGGAAUGAAACUAAAAUGGGAAUUCCCGGAAGAAGUUAUUGAAGAUCUCAAAGAGCUCGCGACUGCUGAUAUUUUUUGGUUUGCUCAAACUCGUCCACUGAAUGGAAACAUUGGCUGGAGAUGGACUUCGUUGACUCAAGGAGCGUUUAGAAAUUCAACGCUGUCUACAGAAAUUACAGUACCUUUUGAAGAAGCUGAACAAGUUGAAGUUAGAUUGGCAAUGAGUUAUAGGAACCAGGUUUUGGUAUCAAGAACAACGCAAUAUGAUUUGCCGUUAAGUAAAAGUGGAACACAUUUGGAAAUUGUUGGACAAUUACAGUUAUCUGAUGAUAGAGUUGCUAUUUGUUAUAAAACUAAUCAACCAACUCCAAAAUUCAAAUUAACAAUUUCAACACUUGAUGGAAAUCCAAUAAAUACUGAAGAAUCUAUAUCAAGAUGUCAUAUGUUUUCAAAUUUACCAAUUGAUAAUUGUUGCAAAGCAAAUAUUGCUGCAAUUGAUGAAAAUGGAAUUAUCACUGCAAGUCUCGAAGUUAAACUUGAUUUUUUUGUGAAUAAGGUUGAAGCAGAAUUAAUUGCAAUGUCCCAAACAAGACUUAUUUUCACAAAUGGCACUCAUUUAUUGGAUUUGGAAGAUUCGGAUAACACAAAUCUAUCCGAAAGUUCAAAUAUUAUUCCAUUUCCACUUCCAGCUGAUGAUUCAAUUACCGGUAGGAUAUAUUAAUAUUUUCAAUAAAAAAAUUAUUUUUCUAGCAAUCGUUGGAAUAUCUGAAAAUACGAUUGCUAUUGGAAGUGAAAAAGGAUCACUAUGGACAUUUCAAAUGUCUAAUUCUGAAAUGAAUCAAACAUUUGAAGAAGGGUCGGGUGAGAAAAUUUCAUCGGAAGUUAUUCAAUUAAAGACAGUUGGAGAAAUGGAUACAAAAAUUAUGCAAAUUGAGGUGGAUCAUAUUCAAAAAAUGAUUUAUGCUGUUCAACACGAUAAAGGAAUUUUGAGGUAGGAGAGUUUGAGAAACUUAAUUUGAAACACUUUUUUAGAACACUAUUACAUUUUUUCAGGUGCAAACUUCGAACUUUGCAAUCUGAAGAACCAACAUCGUCAUGUGUUUUAAUUGUGAACAACGAUCCUUUAAACCCUCCAAAAGAAAUCACAUUGGACCCGGUUAAUGGGUAUCUUUUUUCCACUUUUUGACUCAAUUCUAUGAUUUUUUUCAGAUUUAUCUAUACACUCAACGCCGAUGCCAAAGUCUACAAAACCGAAAUGAUUGCAUUUAAUGCAAGUGGAAUUGAAAGUAUUCAGAACUUUCAACUUCUAAAAGAUCUGAGCCCCUCAAAUGGAAUAUUUUAUGAUUGGCAGAAAUUUGUGAUUUAUUCCGCACUUCAAAAUGGUUCACUACUUUCUAUGAAUCCAAUAAAUGAUCAAGUUCAUAUUUUUCGAGAUGGUGAUUUUGCAAACUUCAGAGUCAAAUCGGAUAAAAUUUUUUGGAGUCGAUCAAAAUGCGGAGAAUCCACAGCAGAUACAAUGUGUAUUUUCAGCGAAAAUCUGAAACGCGGUGAAGAUGAUCUACCGAAUAAGUCAGUUUUUUGAAAAAAAAAUGUUCCAAACGAAAAAAAAUUGAGCGAAAAUUUUUUUGCCUAUUUCUCUGUGGUCUCUCUUGUUCCCUUUAUCUAUUUCAUUAUUUACUCUGUGUUGAAUGUUAUAACAGAGAAAGAGAGGCACUAUGCUAUCCCUUCAAAUAAUGCUAUUCUAAGAGGUUUUCUCGCGGUGAGAUGGCCGAGUGGUCUAAGGCGCUGGUUUUAGGCACCAGUCCCUCCGGGGGCGUGGGUUCGAACCCCACUCUCAUCAACUUUUUUUGAUUUUUUUUGAAGAUAAAAAUGAAUAGUCCAACUUAAAAUUUUUAUCAACUUCUAUUAUGCUUCCAAAUUAUUCUAUAAAUAAUCUAGACGAAAAUUAUUACCAAAUUAAUGAUAUUUUUCAGAUUCACUUAUGACAGUGCUCUUUUGGAUUAUACAUUUUUGGAAGAAAUUUUUGUGAAGCCUCGAGUUGCUGCAAUUAGCCAAAUCUCAAUGUUAGUUUCUGAUAAAUCUGCGAAAAUAGCUUGGAGUCGUCAACAAAAUCUACCGUUCCAAGCACAAGGAUUAUUUUGGAGAAAUAUGUCAUAUUUUCUGAAAAUCACGACACCAGAAAAUGAUCCACAAGAAGUUUAUCUUGAAACUAAUUCCUAUUCAAUCGAUAUAAAAUCUGGGAAAACAUACACUGCUCAAAUUCAAGCAUGUAGUGAUGAUUUUUGUUCGACACCUCGAGAAACAGAAAACACAGCAAUGAGAGACUUCAAAGAAAGUAAGCCAAUAAUCUAAUUCUGGUAGGAAAACAUUAUUUUUACAGUAACACCGUAUGUGUUCACAAAGAAGCAUCAAGAUGGAAUAGAAGUAUUUGAUGGAUUAGGAAAUAUUGUAGAAGCUGAUGAAACAUUGCGAAAUUUAGACAAAAUGGGGUCACCGCAUGCUUUGGAUAAUACUACAAAAACAGUUUAUUUAGCAGGAGAUCAUUCGAUGGGAAUAUACAAAAAAGAAUUGACAGAUCUAACAGGAACUCCAAAACCAUUCAAAGAUGGAUUAUUUGUUGAAAUGAUGUCGGUCAUACCAUCAAAAUCAAUGAUUGUUAUUGGAUCUUCUUAUAAAAUAACAUCUUAUCGACUUCCAACAACUUUUGAUUAUGAAUAUUAUACUUGUGAAGAGCCAUUAGAAGAUUGUGCUGAAGUUAUGGGAAUUUCAGCAGAUGAUACGACUGGAAAAGUAUUCUUCAUUACUCAACAUCGUAAUGGAACUGUUAGUUUAUGGGAAUCAACACUAACUGGAAAUCGGCAACCAGUUCAAAUUUCAUCAACUGAUUCGAUCAGACCAUUUAGAAAGUUUUUAGUUGUUCAAGAUAAAAUUAUAAUGCUCACAAAAUCAGGGCAUAUAAUUCAAACGGAUACAAGUCUGGAAACUGUAAAUGAAUGGAGAGAAGGACCAAGAGUCGAAACAAUUGUUCCAAUUCGAUAUGCACAACAAAUACAUAAAAUUGAAUUUAUUGGUUGGUAAGCACAAAAAUCAAAUAACAAUUGAACAAAAAAUUUAUAGAUGAUAUCAAAUUUGUGGAGGGAAGUAAAACUGAUCUUAUUUGGAAUGUUACUCCACCAAUGGAUAAUGUCAUAUUCAAAGUUUCAAUUUAUCGUGAGAAAAUGGGAAUGGAUAAUCCGAUAAUGAAUAUGCAAACUGAAACAAAUUAUACAAUUCAACAAAAUAUAUUAGAUCAAUGGAUGAGCGCACAACGAUUUGAUGUUUCUGUGCAAGCAAUAACUCCGUGGUUGACUGUUACACAAAACAAAACUGGAUUAACUGCGCCAGUAAAACCACCAACUCCUCCCACACAACUUCGAAUUUACGCAACUCAACAAAAAACUGUUGAUGGACCACGUGCUCUUAUAUCAUUUUUUUGGUCUCCACCAUUAGAAUGGAAUGGCACACCAUAUCAAUUCAUUGUAAAUUGCACAAAAGAUGAUGGAAGUUGGAUUGGUGGACCAGUUACAUCAUCUCAAUCGCAUUAUUCAUUUGCAGUAAAAAGUGGAAAAGUAUCGUGUCAGGUUGCUGCUGCAAAUGAGCCAACAAAUAUUGGUGGAUUUUCUGAUGUUAUAUCAAUUGACAGUUCAGAGAUAAAGCCACUUGUGAAACUAUUUGCUAUUGAUUCAACAAAUUCGCUUGUUUCAAUAAAUGAUUUAGCUCACGAAGAACCAAGUAGAGAAACAAGACAAGUUUCUCAACCAGCAAAAGUGAGUUCGAAUAUUUUUACAACAAAAUCAACAUUAUUAUUUUUAGUUGGAAUAUCAAGCUCUCGCAUUUAUCGGAGAAGAUCUUUACGCUGUGCGAAAAGAAGGCGAUUCAGCUCAACCUGUUUUGGUUAAAAUUGAUACAAAUCAUUAUGAAAAUACAGUGCACAAAGUGUCGAUUGGAGGAGAUGUGACAAGAAUAGAUGCGAUGACUUCAGAUUGGGUUGGACAUCGAUUAUUAUUUGUGGCUGGUACUGUACUCUAUCAACUUCCAUUGGAACCGUUUUUAUCAACAUCGUUAUUGAAUCCACAUAAAGUUAUGCAAAUUUCAUCAGCUGCAACAGAUGCCAAACAAUUGACGUAUGACCCAUUCAAAAAGUGAGGCAGAUAAAUAUUUUCCCACAAAAAAACAAAAUUUUCAGUACUGCCUAUCUUCUUACAAAAAAUGGAAGUUUAUUCGCAUUAGAUUUGAAUUCUAAAACCGAAUCAAAUCUUGCUCUCACAAUUUCAUGUUUGGCUGCUCAAACAAUAACAUGGAUGCAAACAGAAUUCACUUGGAAUCGAGCUGUUUCUCCAAAAAUAUAUGCUCUAACCUGGAAUGGAUUACUGUAUGUUGAUUUGGCUGAAGAUUAUCAAUGUAAUGAAGUUCGAAUUGAUUGGACAAAGUUUGGUGAAAAAGGAAUCAAGGCAAUAUCUUCAUUUGCCAUUUCUGACAAACUUUUUGCAUUUGUCACUUCUUCGGAAAUGUUGAUUUAUGGGCGAGAUAUGAUAACUCCAAUUCCAAUCACAAAUCCACCGCUGAAACAAAUCCUAGCAGCAAGUCAAAGUAGUCAACCAUAUCCGGGUUAGUUUUUAUUCUUAGACGUGAAAUUUCUUGUUGCUGAAACUAUUUUUUGACAAAUUGUAGAUCGUUCCUGUUUUGAACUCCCGUCAUCAAAAGGAAUUGUAUUCAGCAUAGUAAAUGAGGGCAAAACUGGUGCAUUUCUUGAAGUCACAAAAUCAACUUUGCCAUCUGCUUGCACUGAUGUUAGUAUGCCACAAACACAAUAUGAAAUAUAUUUCACUAGAAAAAAUACGGAUAAGGUGAAACAUAUUCGAAGUUUUUCGGAUAAGAUUCACAUCGAAAAUGCGAUUCUUGACAAAGAAACUGAUUAUGAUGUUACUGUAACUUGGUUGAAUCGAUAUUCUCCAGCAAGUGGAGUUUCACCAUCAAAACCAUUCAGAACUGGAUUUGGAUAUCCUUCGGCACCAAGAGAUCCACACGCGAUUCCAGUUUCUCCUGAUACAGUAUACCUUUAUUGGAAUCUUCCAGAAACAUUGAAUGCUCCAAUAUCGGAAAUAAAAUAUAAAAUCAGUCAACAAGCAGCCGGUUUAACAUCUCCAACUUCUAUUGCUGUUAUUCCACUUUCAGAAGUUGUUUCAACAAAUAUUUCAUCAGAUACAACUGCGUGUCUUAUUAAUCCAUGUCGAGUCAAAAUAGCUAAUCUUAGACCAUCGAAUGAAUAUAAAUUCUGGGUAACAGCAACUCACACAUCUCAUCUUUAUUCAACUUUUAUGAAAGAUGAUGAAGCUGUAUCAAUUGAAUCAACCGCUCGAACAUUAGAUGUUCCUGGAACACUUCGACCUGAAAAUGUAACGGGAUCAUCAAUUAUAUUGCGAUGGAAUGGAUUAGAGCCAGAGACUUUGCCAAAUAGUUUAAGUGUUCAAUAUCGAGAAGUUGGACAUAAUGAUUGGGAAGAACCAGUUAAUGCAACUAUUCUUGAACCAAAUGUAGCUACUGAAAUUAUACCUGUAAAUACUUUGCUGUCAGCAACAACUUAUGAUUAUCGAUUUGUAGCUACUUAUACAGGAACUUAUACAAUUGAUGGAAAAGUUCUUGCGUAUAAAGAAGAUUAUUUCCAACUAACACAACAAGCAAGAACGAAGGGUAACGAAAAAACCAUUCUCCAAAAAAUUGCAAAAAAAUGAAUUUUCAGCGGGUGUUCCAACAAUGCCACAAAAUGUUGAAUCUCGAAUUGAUGAAGAAGGUUGGAUUGUAACAUGGAAAGAACCAAUGAGUGAUGGUGGAUCACCAAUAACAAGUUAUGCUGUGGAAACUCGGAUAAAUAAAACAGCUGAAUGGGAAAUUGCUGAACGUGGACUUGAUGGAUGGAAAAUGUGGUGGAGACCUGGAAAAUCAGAGACUAAUCAACUUGAUGUAAGUUUUUCAGAAAACAUUCAAGAAAGAAAUAUGAAUUUAUGAUUUCUAGCUUGAGUUUCGUAUUCGAGCGGCAAAUAUUGAAGGUUUUGGUGGAUAUGCUUAUACUGAAGAAAGAAAAGAGAUUCCAGAAGAAAAAGAGAAUGUUAUACUUCCCUACUUUCUGUUCUUAUUGAUAGUUUUACUUAUUCUUGCGCUACUUUUUGUUCUAUGGUUUUGGUGUAAGUUUUUGAAAAAAAAUUUGACAUCAGAAAAUCGAAAAAAAAGAAAAAAAUCGAAUAUCAUAAUUUUUCAGUGAAAAGUCGGCGAGCACAAUUCGUUAAAAAACGAGAAGCUCAAGAUGAGAGAAAUUGUAUAAGUUUGGAUGUGGUUACCAAUCUCACAUUGUCACCAACUCAAUCAUUGCCGCCUGAGAUAAACAAUGAGUUGAAAAGUGGGUUUUUGAAAACUUUUGGAUCACAUUUUAAUGGUCUCAAAAGUUCGAAAACAAAGCUGAAAUUGUUUUCCAGAUCUUCCACAUGUUAAUAAAGAAGAUGUGAAAAUUGGUGCAAUGAUUGCUCAUGGAACUUAUGGUCACGUUCAUGAAGGAGUUGCUGCCGAAGUACCGCUCAGUUGGGAGAAAAAUGUCAAAGUGGCAAUAAAAACAUUAGAAAAUUAUGAUAACUAUGAGAAUAAAGUGAUGUUUAUGAAAGAAGCAAUUUUGUUGAAGUGAGUUAUUUUUUGAACAUUUUGAAAAAAAACAAUUGUUUCAGCAAUGUCGAUCAUCCAAAUAUAGUUAAAGAACUUGGAGUUUGUCUAACUCAACGGUCUGAAUUUUUGCUUCUCGAAUUUAUGGAAGGAGGAAAUCUUUUGGAGUAUUUGAGAAUGUCGUAAGUGAAAAAAAAAUUGUUUUUUUCUCAAAAAAUUAGUUAAUGUUCAGAGUUCCAACAGAAAAUCAAGCUUCUGAACUUUGUUUGCGGGAUUUGCUGGGAAUUGCAGUUGAUGUUGCGAGAGGAAUGAAUUAUUUGGAAAGGUUAGUAAAUGGUUUUCAAAAAACUAAUUGAACAAUGUUUUUUCCAGACUUCCUCAUGUUCAUAAAGAUCUUUGUGCCAAACGUUGUCUCCUAGCUUCAAAAUCUGGCGGUCCAACAAAACUCGAACUAACAUCUUUUCCAAUUACGAAUAAAUUCAAAAUCGAGUCAUCUGACAGAAUUAGAUGGAUGUCUCCAGAAAUCCUCAGAGACUUCCAAUUCACCUCAAAAUCCGAUGUUUGGGCAUUCGGAGUUCUACUUUUUGAGAUCUUCUCACUUGGAGAACAUCCACAUGGAACAGAAAAAGAAAAUCGAAAAAUUGCAACAGAUGUGAGAAAUGGAGUUGUUUUACCAAAACCUGUCUAUUGUCCUGAUAGAUUAUAUAAAUUAAUGCAACAAUGUUGGGCUUUUGAUCCAACAAAACGUCCAAACUUUGCAACAAUUCUCAAAAUUUUCGAAUCUUUCCGCGAACGCCUUGAAUUCCAAGAUGAUAAACCACUUCAAGCGCAAGACGGUCAUUAUAAUGUUAAUUUUGAUGUAUCACAUGAUAGUACAUCCAGUGAGAGAGGAGAUUCAAGAGAACCACCAUCGCCAUCACAUUUGAACAAAAGUUUUGGUGGAUUUGAAAACCAUGCAUUCGGUGAGUUUGGAUAAUAAAUCUUUUUUAUUUCAAAAACUCUUUUUAGAAAAAAAUACGCUUGGAAGUAUAGUGAAUGCAAGAAAAUCAUCGAAAUCCGCAGCUGGAAGAUCUCUCCGAAAAGAAAAAGUGAAAUCAAGAAAAGGAGUACCUCAAGAAUCAUUCGAAUCCACCAGUCGACCAUUGAGUGUUCAUUCAGCUGACACAAUUUCAACAGAAUUUAGCGGAGAGCGAGGUAAACACAAAAAAUGAGAGAUAGGCUCCGCCCACUUUCCCUGCAAAACAUGCCAGCACGCUCUACGCGUCUGGUGUCGGUUGCUGCGUUUAAUGGGGAGAAAGAGGGAGAGAGAAAUGACAAGGCCUAUGAAGAAAAGAAUUACCGUCUGAUUUCUACUGACGUUAACUUUGGCUGUAUUUACCAGAGGCUGAACAUUUUUUUUUUGGAAUUCAUGAGAAUUUGAAAGGAAAGAAGAGCACUGGAAGCAAAUUUGUAAAAUAAUAUUUAUAUUUCAGGAUUGAAUUCACCUGGUUCAUCAGGAAUGCAAUAUUUAGCGCCGUACGAUGCCGUGAAAUCUCGAAUGAGUGCUGCACCAGCUCUUGGAAUUGUAAACGAUGGAUUUGAAGGGAGCAAUCCAUCAAGCUUAAAUCUCAGUCGAAGUUGGACUGCUUUAAGCGAAGCUCCGAGACCUGCGGUCCGAAGUCGAGCCCCAACGUAUGAACAACAACAAAAUAAUAGGCGUAAUCGUGUUAGUCAGGUAUAAUUGUUAACUAAUAAAUACAUUUUUCGUUGUAAAAUACAAUUUGUUAUAUAAAAACUGUGAUCAAGGUCCUUUUUUUCUGUUUUUCCGAAUAAAGAUUCAUCUAUUAGGUUUCCAUGACAACCGAAUCUCCUCCGAAAAGGUUUGUUUGCCUGGUUUCGCAAUUUUUUAUUAUUUUUUUAAAAUUAAUUCUGAUUUUUCUUUGUUUUUAGAAAAAUGGGCAAAAAAGGCACUGUUUUGGAAGAAAGUCUGCCGGAAAAUAGUUUAUAUUUGUUUCAGGUAAGACAUGUUUUUCAAAUAAUUAAAGAUGAUUAAUUCAUUGAAAAACAUGUUUUUCCAGGAUGAAACUCUUUCUCCAAUUUUCUGCAAAUCAAAAUUGAUCCCGCUGAAAACAAUUACAAUGCAAAAACUUGAAAAAAUGCAGCAAGAAAUGAUGGAAAAACUGAAGUUUCCUGAAAAACCGGAAGAAAUUCACCAUGAAGAAGGAGAAUAUGUGGAAGAAGGAACAAGUUCGGAAAGAGAUCCAAUUCAAAAUGAAGACGAAGAAAAGAAAUCAACUGAUGUUUGGACCGCAGAUGAUUAA